UUUGCUCUCACAACCUAACAUUGAACUUCAGCGGUGUGGCCUAUUGAACCCUAGUACGCUUCUCCCUACCGCAGAGGAUGGGGAGCCACAUUCUUGCAAAGCAACAAUAGAAGAACAAACAAAACCAAGAGCAGAUAUUCUGCAAACUUUUAUACCAGGAUCAGAAGUUGUUUAUGUAGAUGGCUCAGCAUCAAAAAAUGAUAUGGGAAAAAAUAAAGUUGGGUAUGCUGUAGUUACAUCUACUGAAGUGUUAGAAGCCAAUGCACUCCCUUCUACUUGUUCAGCACAAACGGCUGAACUCUAUGCUGUGAUCAGGGCAUGUGAACUGUUCAAGAACAAGUCACUUACUAUCUACACUGAUAGUCAAUAUGUGUUUGCAGCUGUCCAUCACCAUGCAAGAGUCUGGAAAAAUAGAGGUUUUAGAACAUCACAGGGCACAUCUCUUACUCAUACGAAUUUGCUACUUAGAUUAUUAGACGUUGUGCAUUUACCGACUCACUUUGCACUGUGCAAAUGCAAAGCACACCAGACUGAUGACUCUGCAGAAACCGCAGGAAAUAGUUUUGCAGAUAAAACCGCCAAAGAAGCGGCACUGAAACAACCUACCUUAUUAGUGGCAGACAUUCUUUUUAUAGAUAGCGAUGUGCUAUGUGAUGCACAGAUUCAUGCUCCUAAAAUAGAAGUACAAAGUUGGAUCAAAAGAGGAGCAAUACAACGAGAGAAAGUUUACUAUAUGAAUGACAAGCCCAUCCUACCAAAAAAUUUAUACAAAACAGCUGCUUUGGUGAGCCAUGGAAAUACUCAUGUCUCAACAGGAGGGAUGGUACAUAUCAUACAACAAUAUUUCUAUGCUAUAAAUUUUUCUGAUUAUGCAAAACAAUUUUGUAGGACAUGCUUAAUUUGUUGUAAACACAAUGCACAAGGAAACAUCAGACCAAAACGUGGCCAGUUCCCCACAGCUAAGUAUCCGUUUCAAGUUGUACAUAUGGAUUUUAUUGAAUUAUCUUGGUCACAAGGGAAGAAAUACUGUCUAGUUAUUAUAGACACUUUUUCUAAGUGGGUAGAAAUAUACCCUGUAAAGCAUUGUGAUGCAUUGACCGUUGCAAAAUGUUUGGUAAGCCAUUAUUUCCCUACCUAUGGCAUACCUCAUAUUAUAAGAUCAGACAAUGGGACUCAUUUUGUAAAUCAGACUAUGUCCCUUUGCUCACAAGCAUUAGGUUUUACGCUUAAGAAUCAUUGUGCGUAUCACCCCCAGAGCGCAGGCUUAGUGGAAAGGACCAACGGCACUAUUAAAACAAGGCUAAAAAAGACAAUGGAAGAGACAAAAAGGCCGUGGCCAGAAUGUUUGUCUCUAGUAAAAUUAUGGAUGAGAAUAACUCCCACUCCUGCAGGAUUAACACCUUUUGAAAUAGUGUAUGGUAGACCAUUUCCCCUAGCAACUGAAAUGAAUGACAUAGAAAAAGCAGACCGAGAAAAUACGCUGGCUGAUUGGAUGCGUAAACUACUAACAUCACAACAAAAACAUAGCCCCAGUAGUCUGCCAGUAAAUUCUGUUUCUACUCAACAGGAUAACUUGCAGCCGGGAGAUUGGGUCCUGGUCAAGGUCCUGUUGCGGAAAGAUUGGAGCACACCUCGGUGGGACGGACCUUAUCAAGUCCUCCUUACAACACCAACAGCAGUAAAGAUCGCAGAACGACCUUCCUGGAUACACAAAAGUCACUGUAAACCCAUCAAGCCCUUAUCAGAGGCCUCAGCAACAGAGUAGCAGUGGAAGUCCGCUACAAAGGCACAGUAACCAAUAGGGUGCUGUUGUCUCAACCCGGUGAAGAAAACAACUGAGCUGCACUCUAUUAGGAUGGCCCUGAUAGGGUGGGGAUGUGGUAAAGUGACUCUAGGGGUCAUUCUUGUUGUAGGACUUGUAUGGUUGUCCUGGCUCUCACCAGCUCCAUUACAGCACCUACAGCGAUGGACCCAUGAUGACUUCCAUCUACGCCCGUUGCCCGCUGACCACUCACAUCCAUUUAUGCAAGACUACUGAGACAGAGCCUGUUUCCAGCGAUGGCGAUGAAGAAGACAUAUAAUUCAUAAUGACGGCCGAGCCGAAAGCACCCGUGCAGGGCUCGGACCUGAAGAACCGGAAUUAAAUGUUUUCCAGGAUAAUGACAAUGUGGUCUAAAUGAAGGUUGUACCUAAAGUGCUUUUGCAACUUGUACAAUGUUGAUGCUUCUGAUCAUACUGUCAUGAUAAACAGGAGGGACUGUUAGGUUGAAGAAACAGUUGUUAAUCAUUUCUGUAUGAUCAGCAAUGAGUGUAAAUAUAUAUGUAUACGUUAUUUCUUAUCUUCUAGCCACAUACUCUUAGCUAUUGUACUCUAAGUAAGUGGUUAACAGCUGCCUACUUAGAUAAGAAUCUCACUUCCCUCUCUUGCGCCCCCCAUUGACUAUAAAUAAAGAAGUCAAGGGGAACCACCCUUUGUAACACAUUCUGCUGUAGUUUGCAUUGCAGAGAGUGUGGGUACCCUUGCAAGUAAAACUGUAA